CUUUAAUCUAGAUGAAUGAUCUUGUACCUGGCUGUAGCCUGGAGAGCCGGCUGGGUGGGCUGGAUCCAGUCGCUCCGGCAGAGGAGUGUGCUCACGUGGCUCCUUCUCCUUCGACCGACCGUGCAGGUCAAAGAAGAGUCAUCCUCCUUUAAGUGCCAAGAAGAGGCCUUCUACCUUCUGGUGCAAGAAGACAUUGAACAAGAAUUGGAAGCUACAGCUACCAAAGAAGUUGAAAGAAAACUAAGCAGGGAUUUAGUGCAAGACGAGGAAGAACAGUUGAUGGAAGAAAGGAAAAAGAGAAAAGAAGACAAGAAAAAGAAGGAAGCUGCUCAAAAAAAGGCCAUUGAACAAAAAAUCAAAGUGCCAGAACAAACAAAGACCAGUGUAAGCCAGCCUCAGCCCGUCACCUCUAACGUCACUUCCACAGCAACCAGCACUAAUAAUAAUGCCAAGCGGGCCACAGCCAACAAUCAGCAGCAGCAGCAGACCUUGCCUCGAUACCCUCCUCGUGAAGUACCACCACGAUUUCGACACCAGGAACAGAAACAGCUUUUAAAGCGAGGUCAGCAGUUACCAGUGAUAGCUGCAAACCUGGGAUCCACUCCUAAAGUAUUAAACAGCCAAUCAGGAGGCAGUGCUGUCACAAGUAAACAACCGGUGACCAACGGAGAAGUGCCGAACAGCUGCAGCAAAAAACAGUCAGGCAUGCCUCCCAUUCGGGACUUGGUCAGCCAUUCCCCUAACCAGUCAGAUCUGAACCACAGUGGUCUAGGAUCCCAUUAUGAAAAUACUCACUGGGGACCAGUCUCUUCAAAUAGUGACUCCAGCACAACCUGGGAUAAAGUUAUCGUAGAUGGUUCUGACAAAGAAGCAUGGCCAUCAAUCACAGGCAGUGACCCAGAGUUGGCUUCAGAAUGUAUGGACACUGACUCCGCCUCUAGCUCUGGGUCAGAGAGAAAUCUUGUUAUAAUGGCUUCAGGGAGCACAGGUGGUGAAAACGAUAGCGUUCGGAAUGGCAUUGGACAUGGUUCUCAAAAUAAGUUUGUGGUUGGUAGCAACAGCAAUAAUGUGGGCAGUGGAAGUAUUAAUGGGCCAUGGGGUUUAUCCCAUGGAACCAUAAUAAGCACAUGUCAAGUUUCUGUGGAUGCUCCUGACAGCAAAUCUGAAAGUAGCAACAAUAGAAUGAAUGCUUGGGGCACCAUAAACUCUUCAUCAAAUGGAGGGUUAAAUCCAAGCACUUUGAAUUCAAAUGGCAACCAUGGUGCCUGGCCUGUAUUGGAGAACAAUGGACAUGCCCUGAAAGGGUCUGUAGGGAGUGGUAAUUCUGGCACAAAUAUUCAGUGCAGUACCAUAGGUCAGAAGUCUAACAAUCAGAGUAUUAACUCUAAAGUGGGUGGUUCAGCCCAUGGUUCCUGGGCAAGCCUUCAGGAAAAUUGUGAUUCUGAAAUGAAUGGUACAAGGAAGGUUUCAUUCAGUGGACAACCUCAAAACCUUAACACUGAAAUGAAUGGACCAAAUAACACUACUAACUUUAUGACCUCUAGUUUACCAAACUCUGCUGGUUCAGUACAGAUUAACGAACUGCCUAAUAAUACAGGGCCUGGGGCCUGGCGUGUGAGCACAAUGAAUCAUUCUCCGAUUCAGGCCUCUCCAGUUACAAAUGGCACUUCCACUUCUCAUCUUAGCAAUGGUGAGGCAAAAAAUGGUGGAUCUUAUGGUACUACGUGGGUUGCCUAUGGUUCUAAUUACUCUGGAGACAAAUGUUCAGGCCCAAACAGCCAAGCUAAUAGUGACACUGUGAAUGCAACUCUAACGCAGCCUGGCAUUAAUGGGCCUGGCAGCACUAAUUUUCAAAUUAAUGGGAAUAAAGGAGGAGGGGUGUGGGAGGGAGGGACAGUCAACUCCCAAAAUAUGCCAUGGGGAAGCGCAAAUGGUAUGACUUCUGGAGGAAGUCGAAGAGGAUGGGGCAACCCUGCACAAAACACUGGCACUAGCAUUUCAAAUGGGGAAUGGAAUAAACUGCCUAGCAAUCAGCAUUCCAAUGAAAGCGUAAAUGGAAAUAGUAGAAAGUUUACAAAUGGAUGGAAAUCUGCUGAAGAGGAUGAUCUUAAUAGCCAGAAUUCUGGUGCAUCUCAGAUAACUGAGCAGAACAAUGUAUGGGCCAAAACAGGUACUGGGGAUAGCGAGGGUAGUACAGAGAGCACUGGAUGCCAUGAUGAUAAAGUAACUGCAGAAGGACAGAACCGAGAGAGAAGAAAAGUUGACCAGCAUGCAUUACUCCAAAGUAUAGUGAGCAGAACUGACUUAGAUCCACGUGUCCUUUCCAACACUGGUUGGGGACAGACUCCAAUUAAACAAAACACUGCCUGGGAUACUGAAACAUCGCCAAGAGGUGAAAGAAAGACUGACAAUGGGACAGAGGCCUGGGGAGGCUCUGUGACACAGACUUCCAGCUCAGGGGGAUGUGUGGAGAGACCUAGCCCUAAUGUUAAUGAUACCUCAUCUAUAUCAGGGUGGGGAGAUCCAAAGUCUGCUACAAGGUGGGGAGACUCCAAAGGCUCAAACAGCCAAGGGGGGUGGGAAGAGGAUUCUGCUGCUACAGUAAUGGUCAAGAGCAAUCAAAUAUGGGUAAGUGGCAAAGAGGACAAGUCGUCUUGGAAUGAUGCGCAGAAGAUCAAACAGGGAUGGGUAGAUGGACAAAAAGCCAGCCAAGGUUGGGCAAUUUCUGCCAACGACAGCUGGGGAGAACAUUCAAGAAGCAACCAUUGGGGUGAGGCUAAGAAAUCUAGUUCAGGAGGUAGUGACAGUGACAGAUCAGUAUCUGGUUGGAAUGAGUCUGCUAAAUCAAAUUCUGUUACUUGGGGAAGUAGUAAUACUAACCCAAAUAAUGCUUCAGGAUGGGAUGAGCCUGCAAAGUCUAAUCAGAGUCAGGGCUGGGGAGAACCUCCCAGAUCAAAUCAGCCUCAAGGUUGGGGUGAUUCAUCAAAGCCAGUCAACUCCCCAGACUGGAACAAGCAGCAAGAUGUUGGAUCUUGGGGAGCACCAUCUACCACAAAUAAACCACCAGGUUCCGGGUGGUUGGGUGGACCAAUACCAAGUCCAGCAAAGGAAGAGGAACCCACAGGAUGGGAGGAGCCAUCCCCAGAAUCAAUACGCCGUAAAAUGGAAAUUGAUGAUGGAACUUCUGCUUGGGGUGAUCCAAGCAAAUACAACUACAAAAAUGUGAAUAUGUGGAAUAAAAAUGUCCCAAACAGUAGCAGCAGUUCAGACCAGCAAGCACAGGUACAUCAGCAGCUACUGCCUUCAAGUGCCAUGUCCAACAAGGAGAGCAGUAAUGGUUCUGGUUGGGGAGAGCCUUCUACUCCUGCCACUACUGUAGAUAAUGGAACGUCAGCGUGGGGUAAACCCAUGGAUACUGGUACUAGCUGGGGAGAGCCCAUCAGUGAUGCAGCAGUCACCUCUGGCUGGGGAAAUGCUUCUGUUGGUCAGCAGGCUUCAAGUAAACCUGGGCCUAAAUCUAUGCAAGAUGGUUGGUGUGGUGAUGAUAUGUCAUUGCCAGGGAGUCGUCAGACCAGCUGGGAGGAAGAUGAUGAUGUAGAGAUUGGAAUGUGGAACAGUAGUUCAUCCCAAGAAGUUAACCCGUCUUUGAAUUGGCCACCGUAUAUGAAAAAAAUGCCUACAAAGGGAACAAUGAAAGGUGGAAAUAAACAAGAUGAAACGUGGAUAAAUCCAUUCAUUAAGCAAUUCACAAAUCUCAGUUUUUUAAGAGAAUCACCAGAAGAAACCAUACCGAGCAAUAAGAUGGACAUGUCUGGAGGAAUAUUACAGGAUAAACGAAUUGAGUUGGAUAAGCAUGGCCUGAACAUUGGAGAUUACAAUCGGGUGGUAGGAAAGGGCCCUGGUUCUCGUCCUCAGAUUUCCAAAGAGUCUUCCAUGGAUCGCUGUACUUAUUUUGAUAAGGAUGGCAUUGUAGCAGACGAGUCCCAAAACAUGCAGUUUAUUUCCAAUCAAAACAUGAAGCUUCCCCCUUCAAAUAGUGCACUACCUAACCAAGCCCUUGGCUCCCUAGCAGGGCUGGGUAUGCAAAACUUGAAUUCUGUUAGACAGAAUGGCAAUCCCAGUGUGUUUGGCGUUGGUAAUAUAGCAGCACAGCCCAGGAGCAUGCAGCAGCCCCCAGCACAACCUCUUAAUUCAUCCCAGCCUAACUCACGUGCUCAAGUGCCUCCUCCAUUACUCUCCCCUCAGGUUCCAGUAUCCUUACUGAAGUAUGCACCAAACAACGGUGGCCUGAGUCCACUUUUUGGCCCACAGCAGGUAGCCAUGUUGAACCAAUUAUCCCAGUUGAACCAGCUUUCUCAGAUCUCCCAAUUACAACGGUUAUUGGCUCAGCAGCAAAAAGCGCAGAAUCAGAGAAGCAUGCCUUCUAGUGGUCGUCAACAGCAGGAACAGCAGGGUCGAUCUCUUAGUAUGCAGCAACAGAUGAUGCAACAGUCCCGUCAGCUUGAUCCAAACCUGUUAAUGAAGCAGCAGACUCCACCAUCUCAACAGCAGCCACUCCAUCAGCCUGCCAUGAAAUCUUUCCUUGAGAAUGUCAUACCCCAUGCUACUCCUGAGCUGCAGAAAGGGCCAUCACCAAUAAAUGCAUUCAGCAGCUUCCCUAUAGUGCUUCUCUGUCACGAAGAGCAGCAGCCUCUUCUAUUGGACUCAUCCUGUUGUAUCUGUUCAGGAAAGAAGUUGGCCAAUCAAACUCAUACCAUCUCCAACGGAAUGAACUCAAACUUGAAUGUAAACAUGGAUAUGAGCAGUAUUAAGGAGCCGCAAUCACGACUGAGGAAAUGGACAACGGUGGACAGCAUUUCUGUUAACACCUCAUUGGAUCAAAACUCCAGCAAACAUGGUGCUAUUUCAAGUGGUUUUAGGCUGGAAGAUUCCCCAUUUGUUCCAUAUGACUUUUUGAACAGCAGUAAUUCACCAGCCAGUCCUCCUGGAUCUGUUGGGGA